AUGAUGGCUGUGACAACUGACGGAUCUCUAUGGCACACGCCUGCUUAUGACGGCGAGGAUGCCGCUGGCAUUCAGCAGCCCUUAUCAUUGCACUUCUUGCUAGCCAUUUCGAUCAUGUGGCUUUUAUCUGUCACACAUGCUUUGGAUGACCAAUUUGGAGGACAAGACUACGACAACGCAUGCUUCUGUUUCAUCCCUGACUGUGAUGGCGCUCUGCGUGGAAGGGCACGUGCAAUUUGCCCUUGCAUGAAUGUCAUUGCACUUGUGUCUGCCCGAAUCAGAUUUGAUUGGCUUAGUAGCCAUUGGCAGUUGCUGCCGCAUGCGCUGGACAGGAAGGAGUCAGGAGGCAAACUGCUGGUUUCGCACAAGCAUCAUCAGGUGCCAGUGGGACAGCAAUAG